UUUGUCAACGGACGUCAAGGUGUUCUGGUCGAGAGGUCGGGAGGUUGUUCUGAAGAAAGAAAAAAAAGUCAUGAGGGAUAACAAGUGCUCGUAAAGAUAAUCACGUAUACUCGUAACGUGUAUUUCCGACUACACAAUGACAUGGCGUCUACCGAUUUUGAAAAACGCAAAGAGGAAGAAUACGAAAUGCAGCUGUUGGGCUUUCACUCGAGAGCCGUAUACGCGACACUGGAAAGUAUAACUCGUGAAACUAUCGAAUCGACCUGUAAAAAGUUAUGUAAAUCGUUACAAACAAAAUACAAUUAUGAUACGGAAGAAUUGAGAGAACUAAAGGAAAAUGAAAAACAACUAAUACAAACUUAUUGUACACGUGCAAUGCCGCAUUUAAAAAUUAUAGAGAAAACCGUAAAGAAAUACAUUUCCAUACCAAAAAACGUUUUAUUAGAAGAAGACAAAUGCCAGAGUAUUCGAUAUACUCAGGAAGAAUACGAACGAUUGGAAGAACAUUUGGAAAAUUUACAGCACAGAGCCAAGAGGGCCACUAUAUUGAAUGCAGCGUUAAAAGAAGAACUAGCUACGAUAGAUAAAUUACAAAACUACAUAAGUAAGAGUAAUGAAAUGUGUAAUAUAAUCGAAAAUAGUUCUGUGGAUCAAAAUACCAACAGUGACAUGCUUAAAGUACUUAAACAUUACCAAGAACUUUAUAAAAAGUUACUCCGUUUGGUACCUAAAACAGAAAAAGUAAAAUAUAAUCCGUUUGAAGAUUUCAAAGGUAACGAUUAUGAUUUUGAUAAUCUUUGACGAUUGUUUUAUCCUCAGAUUAUUAAAACAACUUCCUCAAUGUGCAAAAUGUGUAUAUGAAAUGUUUGUAUAUAGUACGUAAGAAGUUUUCAUUUGUAACUCUUCGUUAGAUCUCAUAAAUUAACGAAUUUUAUACAUACAUAUUUUUACUAUCGCAAUAAAGCUCAUAUUAUCUA